AUGCCCUAUAUAAAAAGAGAGCCAGACUCAAAUGUGAUCGUGGUGGAUUGGCUAUCUCGAGCACAACAGCAUUACCCAAUUUCAGCUGGGUACACACAACUGGUGGGACAGGAUAUCGCAAGUUUUAUUGACUGGAUGGAAGAAAAGUUCAACUAUCCUGUGGAUAACAUUCACAUUUUGGGAUACAGUCUUGGUGCUCAUGCAGCAGGUGUGGCUGGGAGUCUCACCAACAAUAAAGUUAACAGAAUAACAGGACUGGAUCCAGCAGGGCCAAACUUUGAAUAUGCUGAGACUGCCGUGACUUUGUCGCCUGAUGAUGCAGAUUUUGUGGAUGUGGUGCAUACAUACAGUGUGGGUACCCCUGACCGUAGCAUAGGCAUCCAAAGGCCUGUUGGACAUAUUGACAUUUACCCCAAUGGUGGGAGCUUUCAGCCAGGAUGCAAUAUUGGAGAUACAAUUCGACUAAUGGCAGAAAAAGGUUUACGAGACAUGGACCAGAUUGUGAAGUGCUCCCAUGAACGCUCCAUCCACCUCUUCAUUGACUCUCUUCUUCAUGAAGAGAAGCCAAACAUGGCCUAUCGUUGCAAUUCAAAGGAAGCCUUCGAUAAAGGACUUUGUCUAAGCUGCAGAAAAAAUCGCUGUAAUACACUGGGCUACAAAGUCAAUAAAGUACGAGGGAAAAGAAGUACCAAGAUGUUCAUGAAAACUAGUUCUCAGAUGCCUUUUAAAGUGUUCCACUAUCAAGUGAAAGUCCAUUUCUUUGCAAAGAAGAACUUAACUGUUACCAACCAACCUUUAUUGGUAUCUUUGUAUGGCACUAAGGGGGAAAGCGAAAACAGGCCACUCCGACUGGCUGAAAUGUCUACAAACAAAACCUAUUCAUAUCUAAUCUACACUGAACUGGAUGUAGGAGAGCUGCUGAUGCUGAAAGUAAAAUGGGAGAAGGAAUCAUUCUUCAGCUUGUCGGACUGGUUUACAACAUAUGCAUUCAAUAUUCAAAAGAUCAGGAUAAAGUCUGGAGAGUUACAGAAAAAGCUAAUUUUUUGUCCUGAGAAUGGGAAGCAUGCCACUCUUACAAGAGGAAAAGGAGCAGUGGUAUUUGUGAGGUGCAAUGAAAACUCCGUUGUGAAGAAACAUAAAUGGUAG